AUGCGUCGACACUUGAUUACAGGGUUGGCUUUAAACUUUUGUUUCGUAUGCGCAGCAGGAUCAAACGUGCAUUUACCAAAUCCUACUAGCUGGGAAGCGUAUCUCGAGAUGAAUGAAAACGUUGUCAGCGGCAGAAAGUUGCUAAGAAGCGACGGCGCCGACGACGCUGGCAACGAAUCGAGGACCGGCCUUUCCGUGUCUAUAACAGAAAGGCUGAAAUCUUUGUUCAAGUCUUCGAAUGUGACCCCAGAAAAACUUCAAAGUUGGCUGAACAGCGAAAAACCCGCAGACACGGUGUUUAUGCGCAUGCACCUGCACAAGGCAGACGACUGGGUGCUGCAAGCACCCCAGUUCAGUACAUGGCUUCAAUAUGCUGACCCUUUAAGCGCCAAGACCGGUCAAACACUCUCAGCAGCGAUCCCAACGCUUACUCGCCAGCUCGGAGACGACAAAUUGUAUAGGGGUGAUCAAAGUCUGCUAAAAUGA